GUUUAAUUGCGCGUCCUCGGCGCGGCUGGAGUGCACAGAGAGCCGGAGGAACAGAGAGGAAUGCGGAUCCGGGAUUUAGUCUUCUCCAGCUCACCUGCGGAACUCUUCGCAGCGCAAACCAAAUUCUGACUCUGGGGACACUAAGCAGACCUGAUCCAGAUGAACCUGAGAGUCGACAGACACAGCAGCCGGUGAUCACCAUGCUGAGGCAGAUCCUCCUCAACUCCACCGAGGCCCCGGACUUCGACCUGGUGCUCCUGGGCCAGUCCUCCACGCACGGCCCCUCGUCCAUGAACGCCUCCCACGGCGGCGGCUCCUCGGUGAGCGUGGCCGCUCUCCUGAGGCCCACCACGGGGCGAGGUGGAGCCGGGCUCCGGGAGGGCGAGCUCCACAAACCGGACCUGACCACCUACAUAGUCAUGUGCCUGCUGCUCUUCCUCUUGGUGCUGCUCAUCGUGUUCUUCAUCAACUGUCAGCUGAGGAACUCUUUCUUCGCCUCCAUGCCAUAUGACAGGUCUCUGCGAGAGGCCAGGACCUCCUACAAGUAGGCUAGACCCCCCAACCCAACCAGGACUCUGGGUCUUAUUAGUGCGACUCCUGACUUAAUACCUGGUCACCCCCUGAACUGCUGCUGCACGUACUGGAUUGCAUUUAUCAGUUGACACAUUGGAAAGGCCCUAAAUAAAUCCUAUUAGUCGAUUAGACCAAAUGUUGCCCACAUCUCUCACUCUAAGGUGCACCAUAUAGCUCUCCAGACCAUUUGAGAAGAUGGAUGGUGUGUUAUCUUUCCACUGCAGAAGUCAUCUUCCCACUGCAGGUGGUAAUCUUCCCACUGCAGGUGGAUAGAUAACCCUCUGAUCAAAUUAGUGAGUCAUAUAGCCUAUUUUCUGGUAAUGAAUGAAUAAAAUGUGAAACAAUCCAUCAUCCCCCUGCUGCCACCCCCUCUCCUUUAGUCCCAGCACUGCACUUUGGAAAACAAAUUAUGUAUUCCUUGUACAGUAUACAAGCUUGUAUUUAUUGCUUACAAAUUUGAUCCAAAUUCACAGUAUUUCAAACUAUAGACCUGAUAAAAAUUCAUCUUUUUUUUUCAUGGAAAAACGAGAUUUAUGGCAACAGAAAGAGUCUAGAUUGUAUAUAAAAUAUUUUGUAUGACUGUAACUUAACUGUCUUGUUCUUGUGAAAUGAAGCAAUCAACUCCCCCACCCAUUGUAAAAUGCUGAUUAAGUGUAGGCCUAUAUCGUCACAUAAAGAUAUUCAAAUGUA